AUGGAACUCCUCUCUAAUCCAGAUGGUAGAUUCAUCCCUAACUACAAAUGUAGUCUCCAGAAUAAUCUGAUAGCAGUUAUAGGAGGACCAAGUUCUGUUGCUUUUCUUGAUAUGGCCACCAUCCUGACUCACUACAAGUUUGUCCAGGUUGCAUAUAGCUCUACUCUAGAAACCAAGGCCCAAACCCAAUCUGGGUUCUUUUACUGGAUGCUCCCAAAUGCAAUCCGUCAGUACAAAGGACUUCUCCAGCUCUUUCUGCAUUUUGGUUGGACCUGGAUUGGGGUAUUUUACCUUGAUAUCGGCAACACAGCAGAGAUUUUGUGGAGGAUUGUUUUCCCCACGUUUUCCAAAAAAGGUGUCUGUUUUGAAUUUAUAGAAAAAAUACCAGGUGGAUUUCUCACUCAGGACGAAAAAACUAUUCGCAAAUCAUAUGCAACUUUCAACACUGUCUUCAAUAGUACAACUAAUAAAGUGCUGCUGCAUGGCGAAUUUCAGAGUAUGUUAAAUUUAAGGUUUUUACUCAACGCCUUGGAAUUUAAUAAUGUGGAUUAUGAUACAAAAGUCUGGGUUAUGACAGCAGAUGUAGAUUUCUCAUCGGUUCACUUCCAAAGGAGUUGGGAUGUUAAUUUCAUUCAUGGAACUCUGUCCCUUUCAGUACAAUCAAUGGAGGUAUUAGGAUUCCAACAUUUUGUUCAGAUGAGAAAUCCCGCUUUGGAUAAAGGAGACAGUUUUUUAACCCAAUUCUGGCAACAGACAUUUAAUUGUUUGCUCCCAACCUCUCCUCUCGAUGAAGAGGAUGAGAAUAUCUGCACUGGGGAGGAGAAACUAGAGACUCUCCCUAUGACUGUCUUUGAAAUGAGCAUGACUGCCCACAGCUACAGUAUUUAUAAUGCUGUCUAUGCAAUCGCGCAUGCUUUGCGUGUUCUGUACUCUUUCCAAGGCCAGCAAAGGUCAGGAAGGAGACAGAAAUUCCUUCGUCAAAUGUCAUGGAAGCUCCACCACUUACUGCGAAGCAUAUCAUUUAAUAGCAGUCCUGGAGAGAAUAUUUCCUUUGAUAAAAAUGGGGAAUUAGUUGCAGGUUUUGACAUUAUAAACUGGAUCACUUUCCCAAACCAGACGUUUCUUAGAGUCAAAGUUGGAAGGAUGGAUCCAGGGAGAGCCUCUCACAAACUGCUGACUAUUUCUGAAGAGAAGAUCAUUUGGCCCAACCGGUUUAAUCAGCAUGUAACUUACCUAUCCUACAAAGAACUGUUGGGGACUGGCUUAGCCACAUCAGCUCUUGUGCUUUCUUUUAUCACGAUAUUGGUGCUCGGAAUCUUCCUGAAGCAUCACAACACUCCCAUCGUCAAGGCCAACAACUGCAGCCUCUCCUACACCCUCCUCAUCUCCCUCCUCCUCUCCUUCCUUUGUUCUCUACUUUUCAUCGGUCGACCCACAAAGGUGACAUGUCUCCUUCGACAGACCACUUUUGGGAUCAUCUUCUCGGUGGCCGUUUCUUGUAUGCUAGCCAAAACCAUCACUGUGGUUCUUGCUUUCAUGGCCACCAAACCAGGAUCUCGGAUGAGGACAUGGGUGGGGAAAAGACUGGCUCUUUUCAUUCUUCUUUCCUCUUCUCUUAUUCAAAGUACUUUUUGUGCUGUAUGGCUUGAAACAUCUCCCCCCUUCCCAAACUUUGACAUGAGGUCCAUAAGUAGUGAAAUCAUUUUAGAAUGUAAUGAAGGAUCUGUUGCAAUGUUUUAUUCUGUUUUAGGUUUUAUGGGCUUCCUGGCCCUUGUCAGUUUUAUUGCAGCUUUCCUAGCCAGAAAGUUACCAGACACUUUUCAGGAAACCAAGUCGAUUACUUUCAGCAUGCUGGUGUUUUGCAGUGUCUGGCUCUCCUUUGUCCCUGCCUACAUGAGCACCAAGGGGAAAUACAUGGUGGCUGUGGAGAUCUUCUCCAUCUUGGCCUCUAGUGCUGGGCUUCUGGCUUGUGUCUUUUUCCCCAAAUGCUACAUCAUUAUGGUGAGGCCUGAUCUGAAUAAAAGGGAGUGUCUAAUAAAGAGAAUUAAUUAA